AAUUAUAUCGAAAUAAAAAUGAUAGUUGCACUGUUCAUACUUCAAAUGAAAUCAUUCAGAUUCUUAUUUAAAAAAAAUUUCUUCACGCAAGCCAUUAAUACAUUGUAAUUUAUAAAAAAUGACGGACGAUUUUUUCCUCAAGAGAAAAAAUGAACCUGAAAUUAUUCCAUUAGACGAAAUGUUCAAAGUAUAUUGUGAAAUGGACGUAAUUUCUUUUGAGCAAAAUGUUGACCUAUUACCAUUAUCGCAAAGUGAUAAGUGGUUAAUUUCUGCUCGUAUACUCGACAUGGUUACAUUGACGACUACAGACACUGGUCUAGCAUUUUUUAAAUUUCGAAAGAGAGCCCUGUCCUUCGAAGAGUAUUUGCAAUACUUAAAAGAUUUGGCAGAAUCUAAAAAUAUAGAUUUUGAAGAAAUGAAAUACAAGAUGCAAAUAUGCGGGAAGCCCAAAAAAGCUGCUUAA